AUGAUUAGCCAACAGCUAGCACAACUGGUGGAGGCAUUGCACCAACAGAAGGAGGAGACCAUGGAGCGCCAGGCUGCUUUUGAGGCCAGGCUAUCCCAACAACAACAGGACAUCAACCAGUCUAGUGUCUCCAUCAUCCAUGGCCUGGUUCACACCUUGAUGGACCAAACCAACAAGCAACUUGGCCUCAUGGGUAUUGGAGGGAUCAGUCCUAUUCCUUCCAAUGCAUCCUCUUCAUUGGAUCACCAUCCUAAUGGUUUACUGCCCAUGCGACAAGGUGUGGAAGGAACCACUGGUUCUAUAGCACAGUCUCAAAGCAGUUCAGAACCAAUUGGUUUGGGUUCAGGAUUGAUGAGUGAUGUUGAGGACCAUCUUGGUCCAUCCCCUCAGCCCCAAGUGGAUAUAGAUGUUGCCAUCCCACCUUGUGGAGAUGAAGUCAUUGACCAUUUGAGGGCCCUCAAGGAGGAGGAUAAGACUACAAAGACUACUUCAACCCAACCAACACCACACAUGGCAGCAGUAUACCUUCAACAUUCUCCCUGCCUUAACCCCUGUACCACCGGUGUCAUCCAACCACGCCCAACUCAACCUGUUCAACCUGUUAGCAGUACAGCCAUCUUCCAAUACCCCAAACGGUACCACAGAUCUGGAGACGACAACGGUUCUACAGACACCAGAUCUCAUCUUUCCAGAGGCAUUCCCCACAGGCAGGAAACACACUACUCAGGAAGUGGAUCAUCAACCCGACAUGCGGAAG